UGCCACCACAACGCUGUGCGGAGCUGGGAGCGGCGCGUGAUAAAAACAUACACCUACCGAGAUGGCAUCAGCAAGAACAGAGCCUACAUUCUGCCGGGGGACUCACACCCUGUCAGUUCCAAUGGAACUGUUCAGGGAAAACUGUCGGCGCCUGAGUGAACAGCUGACAGAAAAGCUGAAACAGAACAAGGACGUCACUGACCGUGCUGACGGUGCCUACGUCCUGCUUCAAGGUGGAGAGUCGACCACUAGAUACUGCUCUGACAAUGAACCCAUCUUCAGACAGGAGUCUUACUUCCACUGGGCGUUUGGCGUGGAGGAACCAGAUUUCUAUGGGGCUGUGGAGGUGUCAACUGGAAGGACCAUUCUCUUUGCUCCCCAACUCCCAGCCUCUUAUGGUGUCUGGAUGGGCAAAUUGCUCACAUGUGAAGAUUUCCGUGUGCGUUACGGUGUAGAUGAGGUCCAUUUUGUACCAGAUAUUGCCAAGGUGCUGAAGGAAAAGAAUCCCUCUGUAAUAUUAACUCUGCACGGACUGAAUACUGACAGCGGCAAAUACAGUCAAGAGGCAGCAUUUGACGGAAUAGGAGAAUUCAAAGUGGACAAUAAGCUUCUUCAUCCAGUCAUCACAGAAUGCCGAGUGUUCAAGACUGACCUUGAACUUAAUGUUCUGAGAUACGUGAACAGAAUCAGCAGCGAGGGACACAAGGAGAUCAUGAAAGGCAUGCGGCCUGGACUGUAUGAAUAUCAGGCAGAAAGUGUGUUCUGUCACUAUGUUCAUUUCAACGGUGGACUCAGGAAUAUGUCCUAUACCUGUAUCUGUGGAAGUGGUGACAAUGGAUCAAUUCUCCAUUACGGCCAUGCUGGAGCCCCCAACAGCAAGUUGAUCAACAACGGUGACAUGUGCUUGUUCGACAUGGGCGGGGAGUACUACUGCUACACAUCAGACAUCACCUGCUCCUUCCCAGCUAACGGCAAGUUCACCCAGAAACAGGCCGGAGUCUACAACGCCGUGUACAAGGCCAGUCGGGCAGUCAUCGAUGCCAUCAAACCAGGUGUGAACUACGCGGACAUGCACAAGCUGGCGGAGAGGGCGAUGUUGUCGGCUCUGAAGGAGUUGGGGUUGUUGCAGGGGGAGGUGGAAGACAUGAUGGCUGUCAGGCUUGGUGCUGUCUUCAUGCCACACGGCCUCGGCCACUUCAUGGGUAUUGACACUCACGAUGUUGGAGGAUAUCCUGAGGGAACUAAGCGAAUAGACGAGCCAGGACUGCGAUCGCUCCGAACAGUCCGUAACCUGGAACACAGAAUGGUACUGACAGUGGAACCAGGGUGCUACUUCAUAGAUCAGCUGCUUGAUGAAGCCCUUGCCAAUACCGACCAGGCCAAAUUCCUGAAUCGGGGACAGAUUGACGAUCACAGAGGUUUUGGAGGGGUGCGUAUUGAAGAUGAUGUUGCUGUCACAGAAGAUGGUGUAGAAGUACUUACCUGUGUACCGAGAACAGUGGAGGAAAUUGAGGCCUUGAUGGAGCAGGGGAGACAACUCCCCCAGCGGCCCCUGCCUCAGGAAACAAAGGGAAACUGAACAGCCUUGCCAUUGUGCCUUCUAUAGCCAUUGUGAUACAACAAUAUGAUAUUCCACUCUUUCAUGAUUUAUAUCUCACUGUGAUCUUCAUUCUGUAGAAAUUAGUAAUCAUGCACAUUUCAUCUCAUUACAGUACUAGUUCACGACUAAUUUCCCUCAUUCAUAACUACUCGUGUCAUUCCAGCAAGCCAGAUGGCGUCUUGUACCCCUCUCGUGGCCAUGUUUACGACUGGGCCCUGUCUAAGCGGGCAUGGAGUCUAGUACUAUUACCAA